GUACGCGACAACGAUCAUUAGGUAAUUUUACUUUCGUAAAUUAAAAUUAUAUUGGUCUGUUUAGUCUGUACUAUAUGUAUAUGUUAAUUCUGCAAAUAGGAACAGCGACGGUAGGCUUGAACAACAACGUGUCUACCAUACUUUGUUCAUGCCAUGUAGGCAAGUGCCCUACUCAGCGCGAGGAAACAGCUGAAGCUCUCUGCAAUGGCAGUCUUUAUUUCGUCCUUCAUUGCCUCUCGCCUGUUUUUUUUUCUUCUCUAUAAGCAUUAAGAAGUCGUUCGGAGAACGAGAUUGUCACUUUAACAGGCCUUUAACGACACGACGCUCACGUGCCCGAGCUGUGUAGCUACAGAUAAGUACAUCGAGGUUUUGUUGUGCGCUAUGAGCACAAGGAGACUCGGAACGUAAAUGAUAACGGCGAUAACUGCUCUCUUCAUCCGUGCGUAUAAGAAGUGGGAUGCAAGGCACAACAUCUUCAACUGGUUGCCGCCGACAGAAUCUCAGAAUAUGUGGAAGCGUGUGCUCGCGUGCGCACUGCUUGGGGCGGUCGUUCACGGCCGCCGUUUCCACCCAGUCCACUUGAGGCCUGUGUCCGACGGCAUGGUGUCCUUCAUCAACAAGCUCAACACUACGUGGAAGGCCGGAAGAAACUUCAAUAGGAACGUGUCACCCAUGUUCUUGCGAGGCCUGCUGGGUGUCCACCCGGACAACCGGCUUCACAGGCUACCUGCUUUUCGCCACACUGAGAUUCCCAAAGAUCUGCCAGAAUCCUUCGACGCUCGCGAGAAGUGGCCGGAGUGCAAAAGCAUCGGGCUUAUCCGUGACCAGUCGAGUUGUGGGUCUUGCUGGGCCUUUGGAGCGGUCGAAGCCAUAUCUGACCGCAUCUGUAUCCACAGCCAGGGCAAGGUGCAAGUGAACAUCUCUGCCCAAGACAUCCUGACGUGUUGCGGCAGCUGCGGUCGUGGCUGCCUCGGCGGUUUCCCGUCAGCCGCAUGGCAGUUCUACAGGGACCGGGGUAUCGUGUCAGGAGGCCUACACGGUACCGACGACGGCUGCCAGCCGUACGACUUCCCGCCCUGCGAGCACCACACCGUGGGGCCGCUGCCCAACUGCAGCGAACACAUCUCACCGACGCCCCGCUGUACGCACGUCUGCCGCAAGGGCUACGAGACGGACUACAGCGAGGACAAGUACAAGGGGGAGAAAGUUUACUCCAUUGCGGCUGACGAGACGCAAAUAAAGACCGAGAUAUUCAAGAAUGGCCCCGUCGAAGCGGACUUCGACGUCUACGCUGACUUUUUCUCCUACAAAAGCGGCGUCUACCAGAGGCUUAGCAGCGACCAGCAGAGCGGACACGCCGUCAAAAUCUUGGGAUGGGGCACGGAAAAUGGCGUGCCCUACUGGCUUGUAGCCAACUCAUGGAAUCCAAACUGGGGCGACAAAGGGUACUUCAAAAUUCUUCGUGGAACGAACGAAUGUGGUAUAGAAAACGACAUCAUCGCUGGAAUCCCCAGGCAAGGCACUUCGAUCGACUAAUAAAGAUAAA